AUGUUUCAAACGAGCGCACUUCGUCGACCAUUUGGUCAUCAAACAUUGAUCUACAAUUGGCAGGAAGAACGUGCCGACAUAAAAAAUGAGCGAGUUCAAAAACCACUUCCAUCGCAGUAUGAUCACUAUUUUAAUACUACCUAUGAAAGCUCAUUUGGUACCACGCAUGGUGAUCCACCUCGUCCUGAAGUUCGCCACCUUGAACUUCCGCGUACGUCUGCAUUUCCUGGUCAUCAGCCAGAAUUCGAUUUUCCCGAAAUGAAAGCAUCAGUUAACACAUACUUGAGCGAAUAUCGAGCUGCCUACUGUCGUAACUGUGGUCGGGUGUUAGGACCCGAUGAUCCAGCAUGGUCAUCAGCAACCAAAGUUUGCUUACAUUGUAAAGAUCGUACAUAUACGAUUGAUCCCAAGCCGGAACCAUAUACCGUUACUGUUGAUUAUCCACAAAAUCCAGCAGCGAAAGAUCGCUGUUUGGCUUGUUUGGAAAUCAAUACCGGUGUGAAAAUGAUCAAAUAA